AUGGGGGCCCUAUUCUUGCUAAUAAUUGCUGCCAUACUUCUAAGCUUUGGAGAAGGUUCUGGCAGGGAUUCUAGUGUCACUAACCCAGAUCAAGUUCUCUUUCAUGGAAUCAUUCCUGUUUUAGUUGCUUCUGUGCUCUCUGGUCUGGCCUCUUCUCUCUGUCAGUGGGCUUCUCAGGUGAAGAAACAUAGCUCAUGCUUAAUGACUGUGGAAAUGUCUAUAGUUGGAAGCCUGUCAGUGGGCUUCUCAGGUGAAGAAACACAGCUCAUGCUUCAUGAUUGUGGAAAUGUCUAUAGUUGGAACCUGUGGUUAUUGGCAAGUAGGUCUAAGUCUCCAGAUGGAGAAGUCAUCAGACAGCAUGGGUUUUUUCAUGGUUGGACCGCAUUGACUGUGGAUCAUACUGAAGACUCUCAUGUGCAAAGAAAUUACAGGAGAAACAGAAGGAGAGGGUGA